GCCAGCGCUGCAGGUAGGGGCUCCGGCGGCGGUGGGCGCAGGUGCCGCGGUGGACCGCGGAGGGGACCGGAGCACGAGGGGAACGGCCUUGGGGGAGCGCCCUCCCCCCGUCCUCCGCCGACGCCUCGUGUCCCUUUUUAGGGAAUUUUUUCCCUCUUGCUGGCUCCAGUGCGGGUGGGGCUGAGACCGAGAGGGAGUUCUCCAUUUCGCUGGCUCCUGCCCGGCCCCUGGCAGCCUCCUGCCCCCAAAUCUCUUCACCCCCUUUCCAGUACCUAUAGGUCGCGUAAACAACUCCCUUUCUCCAGCUCUGGGCUCCGCGGCCCCCCGGGGGACAGCUCCUUCAGUCUCGUGAGAUCGGUGGGGUUAGGGGGAGGGGAAAAGAGAGGGGGUGUCCCAGAGCCCCUGGCUCCCGUCAGCUCCCCCACCUCGGCCUCUCCCUCCCCCUCCUCGCUGCUGGAGCACAGGCUCCAGGGGCCCUGGGUAUUUUUAGCGUUGUGACCUGGGCGGCAGCUCUAAGAGCCUUUCCCGGGAAUCGGCGUCAGCGCCUCGCUCCUCCGCCGCCAGCCCGCGGCCGCACGGUCUCCCCAGACUUCCGUGGCCCUGCCUUGGCCAGUCGGGGUUGGGUCCCUCUCCACCUCUGUGGCGCCCGUGGAGCUGGCCAGGGUCUGGGAUACGCUGGGUGCAGAUGAGGUGGGGAAGGCAGUCUGCGGAGGAUGACGUCUGAUCCUCAAGCUAGAAACUCCCUUGCCUCUGGUGAUGGGCUCAGAGCAGAACGCCGGGAAGAUGAGCGAAUGGGAGUGAAUGCACCGACCUGGGCUGGCCCAUAGCCUCAGUGCUCUGGCAGGGUCUCAGCUUCUCAGCCCUAGGGGUCAGGAGGCCUGCUCUGAACUGGACCCAGAACCCGCCUUUCCAAUUGCUCCUCACUGACUAAUGGGGAGAUAAGUCAGUGAGAUGUGUCCCAGGAGGGGGACGCAUAAAGAGCUGUUGGAGUUCAAAGGAAAGAUGGUCGUCUCCUAAAUAGCUCACCUUCACAAGCAGGGUCUUGUAUUUGAGGCAGGAGCUGACAUGGACCCAAAUCCUCGGGCCGCCCUGGAGCGCCAGCAGCUCCGCCUUCGGGAGCGGCAAAAAUUCUUCGAGGACAUUUUACAGCCAGAGACAGAGUUUGUCUUUCCUCUGUCCCAUCUGCAUCUCGAGUCGCAGAGACCCCCCAUAGGUAGUAUCUCAUCCAUGGAAGUGAAUGUGGACACACUGGAGCAAGUAGAACUUAUUGACCUUGGGGACCCGGAUGGAUCAGAUGUGUUCUUGCCUUGCGAAGAUCCUCCACCAACCCCCCAGUCGUCUGGUAUGCCCCUCUGCUUUGGGGACUUCAGUGCCAGUCAGCCAGAGCCGGAUGUCAGGCUCUGAAACGAGGCUACAAGGCUGGGCUGGGGAAGUACACAAGGGUGGACAACCAUUUGGAGGAGCUGAGCCUGCCAGUGCCUACAUCAGACAGGACCACAUCUAGGACCUCAUCCUCCUCCUCCUCCGACUCCUCCACCAACCUGCAUAGCCCAAAUCCAAGUGAUGAUGGAGCAGACACGCCCUUGGCACAGUCGGAUGAAGAGGAGGAAAGGGGUGAUGGAGGGGCAGAGCCUGGAGCCUGCAGCUAGCAGUGGGCCCCUGCCUUCAGACUGACCACGCUGGCUAUUCUCCACAUGAGACCAUAGGCCCAGCCAGAGCCUGUCGGGAGAAGACCAGACUCUUUACUUGCAGUAGGCACCAGAGGUGGGAAGGAUGGUGGGAUUGUGUACCUUUCUAAGAAUUAACCCUCUCCUGCUUUACUGCUAAUUGUUUCCUGCUGCAACCCUCCCACCAGUUUUUGGCUUACUCUUGAGAUAUGAUUUACAAAUGAGGAGAGAGAAGAUGAGGUUGGACAAGAUGCCACUGCUUUUCUUAGCACUCUUCCCUCCCCUAAACCAUCCUGUAGUCUUCUAAUACAGUCUCUCAGACAAGUGUCUCUAGAUGGAUGUGAACUCCUUAACUCAUCAAGUAAGGUGGUACUCAAGCCAUGCUGCCUCCUUACAUCCUUUUUGGAACAGAGCACGGUAUAAAUAAUAAACUAAUAAUAAUAUGCCAA